AUGGGAUCACCCUGCUGCCAUGACCUCUCUCCGCAAGACGACUCAAGCCAGCCAAGCCAAGGUCUACUCACCUCUGUCAUCGAGAACGAGCAGGCUAUCCGGAAACAGUUUCAACGGAUGGAUGAUCUAGACAAAGAGAUGACUAAAAUGGUAGAAAAUUUGGACAACAAACACUUCUCCAUAGAAAAUCCAGAUUGGAAUUUUUUCGCGGAAUAUUUCCAAGAGUGUGUACCGGGAUGGCAAAUUUUUUUCAAAGACCGCACCGUUCACAACACCACUAAGCUCUAUAAAGUUCUGUCAGAACUCGAUGAUAGCGAGUUACAGCGGGCUUAUGAUUCCUUGAAGCGGCACUCAACCUGGCAGAUGCGACAUGAGCUGGCUCAGAACCAUGAGCGCAGCCGCGAACUCCAGGACAGAGAUUCGGUCGGAAAUUCUCAAACCUCAUCGACGACCAAACAAGGCGAGAGAGCUUGUGAUUGCUUGCCGGGCUCUUCGUGCUCUUGUGACCGGCUCGUCGAGCUUUCCGCAAAGAUGGACAAGAUCAAUGAGAAACUUGGCUAG